AUGAUGGCACUUUUGAAAAGUGACUUUAACCAAGGAUGGUAUCUUACCACGUUAUCCUCCUUGCUAUGCGUCGGUGGAUGUUUCAUCAUAUACAUUGAUGAUCUUUACAGGUUGCUAUUCCCCACGUGGUUUACAACACGCCAUUCAUUUCAAUUGAAAGGGAACUAUUCGUUCAUGAAUGGAUCACUUGGUUUUAGUGCUGGUUGUUUGAUGUUCACUGCCCUUUAUCGACUUUUGCCGGAGGCAAUGAAUCACUUGCAAUCUUCAGGGAAAGUCACUGGUCUGCAAGCUGUUGCUAUUCACUCUAUAUCAUUUAUCGGUGGUAUGUUGAUUUGCUAUGCUUUCAAUGAAAUCUUGCACGUUCUUACUUCCGAAUCAGUUGUCCAUUGCUCUCAUGAGACUCAAGAUAAAGAUUUGUCUUAUGCGGGUGCUAAGAGCCAUUCACACUCACAUACACAUUCUUCUGACGAGGAAACUCAACCUGUCUUAUAUAACCCAGAACCUUCUGAGAGUCGCCAGAAUGCUACGCUCAAAAUCACUGAAAGAGCGCCUCUUUUGAGUCGUAAAACAUCACAGAAGAUCAUACACUUUUUUAUGCCUGAAAAUGAGGAACCUCAGCUCAUGGGAGAGUGUAAAGGAUACUCUUCUGCUGAACUCUGUCUUCAUAAUGGGGACAAGCUUCACUUCUGUGAGAUACCCCAAUUAAAGUCACUGGACGAUGCAUCUAUCCAUGAUUACGAAGGAUUGAAUGAAGGGGAAGACACAUCUUUUCCUGAUCAUCACGACAGUCACUCCUCUCACUCUCACAUGCAUCAGACGGAAGAAAUUGAAGAACAUUUACAUCACUUACAGAAGGAGCAUCACCAUCACCACACAAACUCCCCAUUAUCACGGCUCUUACUUAUCGCUGUGCAGACCAUUUUGGCCAUUACGUUGCAUAAGUUUCCUGAAGGCUUCAUUACCUAUGUUACCUCUGAAACAAACCCAGAGUUAGGAUUGUCCAUCUUCCUUAGUUUGCUCAUCCACAACUUUACUGAAGGUUUCCUGAUGUGCCUCCCCCUUUACUAUUCCUUCCAAGGGAAUCCAGCCAUGAGAAAGCUAAAGGCAGUUUCUAUCAGUGCAGUUUUGGGUGGCCUCUCUCAGCCCUUGGGUGCUCUCGCAGGGUACUUUUUCAUGAAGUUGAAUCAUGCCGGAGAGAGUGAUAUUAAUUUGGAUAAGUUGAAUUAUGUAUUUGGCAUAACCAUGGCAGUUACGAGCGGUUUUCUUACGGUGAUUGCUCUUACAAUGUUCGGCUCUGCGGUCUCCUUUAGUGGCCGCCCGAAUUUUGUGAUGAUUUGGGGAAUUUUGGGUAUGUGUGUCAUAAUUUUGCUGAAUACUAUAAUGGCUUCUUAG